AUGUUGCAAGAUAAUGCGAUUCAUAACUUCAACUUAUCUUUCGGACCUAAACAAUAAACUACAAAUGCUAAGGUCUGUUAUAAAGAGACGCCUGAAUCCAAUAUUUCACUAUAAUCAGAAGAAUUGUUAUCUCCCUUUAGAGAAAACUCGCCUUAAAAUUGGCAAAGGAAGAAGAUUACAUACUAAAAUUCUUUCAACACAUUAGAUAAAUAACAUAUUAUAUAGUUGCAAUAAACAAUGAGACCGAAAGCUCAAACUUCUUAAAUUGUUAAAUUUUUAAAAGUCACAAAAACUAUGGGGAUUGUGUAAAGAUUUAAGACAAAUCUAUUCUUAAAUGCUUAUAUACUUCCUAAGAAAUCAUAGGAGCAGUUUUAAAAGCAAGAAAAGUAUACAAACACUGUUGUUUAGAACGACUCAAAAAAAAGAAACCAUCAAAGUAAAUAAAUCCCUCUUAUUUCACCCUCAAGUCCCAUUUCAUAAAUCUUUGACAUGAUGAGCAUCAUCGUUCAAUUAAUGGCUUUAUGGAUAAUUUCCAUUAUGGCUGUAUUUACUAAUGUAGAUGAUAAUCAAGCUCAAAUUAUUCUAUUUAUAACCGUCUUCCUUGUUUUAGAACUCAUAUUCUCACUCAAUAGAGCAAUCAUAAUACAAGGUCUGAUUAUAGAAGAUCGAUCAAUUAUAUUUUAAAAUUUUGUUAAACAAUCAUCUUUUCUAUAUUCACUAGAAAUCAUAAUAUGUGUUUACAUAUCAUUCAACAAGAACUUUUUACAAAAUAAUGGAGCCAUCCUAUUGCUCAUAUUGCUGGCAGUCAUAAUUGGAAGGAUAUUAUAAUAAUAUGAUAAUCUAAUUGACACAUUAUAUUAACUCUCAAUUCCUAGCGAUCUAUUGGAUCUCAUCACACUAAUUAUUUCAAUAUACUAUUUUGCCCAUUUUAUAGCAUGUUGUUGGUUAUAUUGCGGAUUGCUUUAAGAAGAAAACGGAUCCUGGAUAACUUAUUAUGAAUUAUCAAACCAAGAUAUCUGGAUUAAAUAUAGUACUUCAUUCUACUGGGCAACUAUGACCAUGGUAACUGUUGGAUAUGGUGAUAUUACUCCAAAAAAUUAGACAGAAAUGAUUUUUUGUGAUAUUGCUAUGUUUUUAUCAAGUUGUGUUUUUGCAUAUUCUAUGAAUUCGAUUGGAAUCAUACUCAAAAAUAUUAAUGAUAAGAAAGUCAAUUAUAAAAAGAGAGCCAUCAUUCUUAAUUAGUAUAUGAAGAAGAAUGAUAUAUCCAAUCACAUUUAGGAUAAAGUUAGGAAUUAUCUAAAAUAUCAGAUUGAGAAUGAGUAUAAUGAAAUUUCAAAAGAUGCCAUCCAAAUACUCAAAUAAUUACCAAAAGGCAUUGAAUAAGAAAUCACUCAGAAUAUUAACAACAGAAUUUUGCAGAAGAUUAAAGUGUUUGACUAAUUCACAAAAUGGACCAAAUCAGAAUUGAUUGAUAAAAUCGAAUUAGCUAGUUACACACCUGGAGAAUACAUAUAUCAUUAGGAUACCAAUCAAAAUAUUGAAAUAUAUUAUGUCUAUCAAGGUUCUGUAAAUAUUAUGGAGGAGUAGAGCCAAUAGAAUAUUCAGUAGUUGAAACAAGGAGAAGUGUUUGGUGAGUUUUAAUUUUUUACUGGUUUCAAUCCUAAAGUGUCAGCCAUAAGUAGUGGUUUCUCAAUUAUUGCUAAAAUUAAAAGGGAGACUUUACUAAAGAUUCUAUAGGAUGUAAAAAAAGAUUAGGAAAAAUUUCAUUAAAUCAAAGAUAAAAUCUUGUUAUAUAAUGAUUACAGCGAUCUUAUGAUCACUUGUAAAUUUUGUAAAAAGAUUUCUCACAUCUUUUAUCUAUGCCCCAUGUUAUCAUAUCAACCAGAUAUGGAAUCUAGAUUAAAGAAGGAAGAGCUGUAUCCCUAAUAUUAAGAGAGAUAGCCAUUCAAAAGAGGAAUUUAAAAAAAGAAAAAUUCGUUGGUAUUGCAAAAAGAAACCUUUGAUAACAUUAAGGAGUAUUAAGAAAUCAAUGGAAUAGAUUAGGUAGAGGAUAAUCUAUAAAGUGAAAUAUAGACUAAUUCACUCAAUGAAGAAUAACUAUAUCCUAUUAAUGAAAAUCAAUAAAGCAUGAAAAACAUAAAUUUGGUACCAAAAAACCCAUAGAUGAUGACUAGAACUUCAAGAUUAUCAAUUAAUUAAAAUCAUUUUGGGUUCUGUAGACAGUCUGUUAUUUAAUCUUCUAAGGACAAAUACAAUAUAAAAGUGAAUUAAAAUUAAUUAACUAUUUCUAAUCAUAAUAGCCCACCAAAGAAUAUCCAUGAAUCCAAAGGUAUAACCAAAUGGAAUAUGUUAGAUAGCUUCAUUGAUUAACUACAAUUCCAUUAUUUAGAUAUAGAUUCAAUUUAAGAAUACGAAAUAUAUAUGAAGCAUAACAAUUUUAAAUAGGUGAUUAAGGAAUUAAAUCAAAAACCCAAAUAUAUUCGAAAGUUAUUAAAGUUAUAAAAAUACACUUUUAAUUAUUAUGUGAAAGUGAUGGCCAUUAAAAUUAGGGAAUAUUUAGAUGAUGAUGAAAUUAUAGAAAAUGUAUUUAGUAAAUCUUUAAGAAAGAACUAAUGA